UUUGUUAGCAUAUUAAAAAAAUUAUUUAAAAUAACGAAAAAUAUACAUAUCAUCACUUGAUAAACAUCUAGGGAGAUCCAAUAACACAUGUAUAAUCUGAUUACCAAAAAAAAAAAACACAUGUAUAAUCUAUUUGGAACUCUACUAUUUUACAUACUGAGAAUGUAUAUAAGUGAAACGAAGACUAGUCAAUAAUGUAUAACUAAAUGUUUUUAAUAUUCCUAUGAACAAAUAUCCGUCGACCACUCAUAAUUCAAAUGAAAAUGACGGCAGAAUAUCUUGAGCCUCAAGAAAGAAGAGUCGCCAACGACUCGGGUCUCUUUUGGAGCAGGUCCAAAGGCAGUAAAGAGUUAAAUUAAUAGAAAAAAUAAAAAAGUAUGAGAGAUGUAGCUCAAAAAUUGCUCGAAUACAACAAUAGAACUCUUCUAGAUACUCUAGAUACAACUGUUAUUUUAUAAUUAACCAAACUAUUUAAAGAUAAAUAAAGUUUAAUCAGCUAAAUAAAAUAAAUUAUAAUAAUAAUAUAAAUCUGACAAGAACUCCAUUGGACAACUUUUAGUGUGGAAGGUGUUCUUAGCAUUGAAUUUAUACUCUUAUCGUUAGUAUUUUUAUACAUAUUAAAAACAUUAAAUCACUAUAAUAAAUAUAUUGUUUUUCAUAAUUUUCAAAUUUUGAUAAUUUUUAAUUAAUAGUAAAUUAAUAAAAUUAAAUAAUUUUUUUGAGAAUUACAAUUUUUCAUAGAAAAUAUAAAAAAUUUAUUUUUGUGAAACAAUUUUUUCUCUAAAACAUCUAACUUAAUGAAACGGAGGAAAUAGUUUAUAAAACCACUUCUUCAAAGCAAAUUAUUUGUAAAUAUAUGGUAUAUAUAUACUACUUUUAAUUAGUAUCAACUGGCUUGUUGAUGUAAAAACAAAUAUUUCUUAUCAACAAUAUUUUGAAGUUAAUUCGUCUUGAAAAAUUGUAGAUUUUCUCACACACACAGCAACAAAAACCCACAAGCAGGCGCUAUAUGAGUUACGCUUUUAAAUACUAGUAGUAAAGUAGCUUUAGAUAGCAUGAGAUGGGUAUCUAUCAAUGAUUUACACUUUGGAUCCGGGUUACAUCAGCAAUGACCUCAACAGUAGUAAUAUACAGCUGAGCUGCAGUGUAUGUGUCUCCCCCAUGGUGAAGAAGACAAAAAUAACCUAAUAAAGUAUAUGUUUUUUUGUUGGUGUUAAAAGUAUACAUGCGUAUACUGUAUACAUGUUGCGAACUAUAUAUAUGUCGUACACUGGGUACUUAUGUCACAUGCAAAUUACAAGAAAUAAUUAUGUCAAUAUAUAGAUUGGUGGGUUGCAUUAUCACUGACCUCGGCCUCUGUUCCACACAUCUUGGUCGCCACGGAACCUUUACCUUUUUUGUAUUCUAGUCCAAGAAAUCGCCCCACCAAAGACGUAGUCAUAUCAAAGUCUUCUUAAUCCGAUAUUAUGGCUAUAUAAACACACCCACAUGUUAGACUGAGUAAACAAGAGCACAAUAAUAAAAAAGAUAAAAGAAAAAAAAUGAGAGAAGGAUCUCAUGUUAUCGUCCUGCCUUUCCCUGGACAAGGCCACAUAACUCCAUUGUCCCAGUUCUGCAAGCGCUUAGCCUCAAAGGGUCUUAAGCCCACUCUUAUCCUCGUCUCCGACAAACCCACUCCGCCUUACAAAAUAGAUAACGAUUCAAUCACUGUCUUUCCCAUCUCCAACGGCUUCCAAGAAGGCGAAGACCCGUUACAAGACCUAGAUGAUUACAUGGAAAGGGUAGAAACCAGCAUCAAGAAACGCUUACCGGAGUUGAUACAAGACAUGAAGCUGUCCGGAAACAUUCCUAAGGCUCUUGUGUACGACUCCACCAUGCCGUGGCUUCUUGAUGUAGCUCAUGAUCAUGGUUUGAGAGGUGCCUCGUUCUUCACGCAACCUUGGCUUGUCUCGGCUAUUUACUACCAUGUUUUCAAAGGCUCCUUCACUGUACCGUCUACGAAGUAUGGUCACUCGACGUUAGCAUCUUUCCCUUCGUUUCCUAUGCUGAAUGCGAAUGAUUUGCCUUCUUUCCUCUGCGAGUCGUCCUCUUACCCUAAUAUACUACGGGUUGUGGUUGAUCAGCUCUCAAACAUUGAUCGUGUCGACAUAGUGUUGUGCAACACUUUCGAUAAAUUGGAAGAAAAGUUGUUGAAAUGGGUCAAAAGCAUGUGGCCAGUCUUGAACGUAGGACCAACGCUUCCAUCGAUGUACUUAGACAAGCGACUCUCUGAAGAUAAGAACUAUGGAUUCAGCCUCUUCACUGCGAAGUCCACUGAAUGCAUCGAGUGGCUAAACUCAAAGCAGCCUAGUUCGGUUGUCUAUGUAUCAUUCGGAAGCUUGGUGAUUCUAAACGAAGACCAAAUGAUGGAGCUAGCAACUGGUCUGAAACAGAGCGGAUGUUUCUUCUUGUGGGUUGUAAGAGAAACAGAAACAGACAAGAUUCCCAAAAACUAUGUAGAAGAAAUUGGUGAGAAAGGACUUAUUGUGAGCUGGAGUCCUCAGCUUGAAGUUCUUGCGCAUGAAUCUGUUGGUAGUUUCUUGACACAUUGUGGAUGGAACUCGACGUUAGAAGGGUUAAGUCUUGGAGUUCCAAUGAUUGGUAUGCCUCAUUGGACAGAUCAGCCUACAAAUGCUAAGUUCGUAGAGGAUGUGUGGAAGGUUGGGGUUAGGGUUAAGGCAGAAGGUGAUGGAUUCGUGAGAAGAGAGGAGAUAGUAAGGUGUGUGGGAGAAGUUAUGGAAGGAGAGAAAGGGAAAGAGAUUAGAAAGAAUGCCGAGAAAUGGAAAAUGUUGGCUAAAGAAGCUGUUGCUGAAGGAGGUAGCUCUGAUAAAAGCAUUGAUGAGUUUGUUUCUAUGGUUUGUUGAAUGAUUUAAAUUGAGAUGUUAGAAACUAAAUGUCUAUUGCAAAUUCACUGUUUUUUUUACAAAUUUUUUUACUAUCAGUUGUUGUUUUUGUUUCGUUUUGUUUUGAUAAUUCACUUUGUUGUUGUUGUAAUAAGGAUGAUUUUUCUCAGGUUUCAAACGAAACACAUGCAUGGGGAAUUCAUUAUAUAUUUAUAUAUAUACUUUUGGGUU